CAUAUAUCGAUAGAUCCAUUAACGAACCGGCUAGCUAAUUUGUUUACCUCUUAAACUUAAACUUUAAAGUUUCUUGCUUUACCACAACAAUCAACAGGACAUGGAAAUAACACUCGCUCUGAUAAAGCCGCACGUGGUGCGGAAUACCUACGCGAUGCAGCAGAUCCGAGCGCUGAUCUCCCAGAAUUUCACCGUUCUCGACCAGAAGGAGGUUUGCAUUACGAAAGAACUAUCGGAGCGAUUUUACGCGGAGCACAAGGGAAAAUACUUCUACCACCGGCUAACGAGUUUUAUGAACAGCGGACCCAGCUACGCCCUUAUUCUCCAAUCGGAAGCCUGCAUACAGAAGUGGCGCAGUCUUCUGGGUCCCACCAAGGUGUUCCGUGCCGUGUACGCUGAUCCCAACUGCAUCCGGUCAUUGUACGGUCUAUCCGACACCCGCAACGCCUGCCAUGGAUCCGACAGCGAGGAAUCCGCCCUCCGCGAGAUCAGCAUUCUGUUCCCGGAGUUCGACGCGGCUGUUGGGAGGCGCCAGGCGAAAAGGGAGGAGGCGUAGUCGAGGAAUACUUGAUCCUUAGCUUGGUCAAGAUGUCUACUACCAAAGUGGUUCAUGAAUAAUGUUUUCAUGCUAUAUGAAGUGUCCUAAUUUAUGUUUCUUAUUUUUAAUGCCUGGCAUUUUUCGAAUAGUAUUUAGACUUUAGACCAAAGACAACUAAACAUAUAUGGUUGGCUUUAAAAGUAAUUGAAGUUUAUAAUACUUCUUGUGACUUCGUGUACUAAUAUGUUUAUAUAUUUGCUUGUAGCAACAGGGGAACAACUAAAAACAUUUUUAAACUAUACUUAAUAUUGAUUAGUAAUAAGAAUUAGAUGAGUAAGGCAUUUUGCAAUGUUCUCGCUUCGUAAGAGAAUUCGCUAUAAUAAAAGAAGUCAAUUUAAAGGUGAA